AUGCAGGCCUGCCCGAUGCCUCUGCUCCCCUCCCUCUUCCAAUCUCAAAGCGCUUUUUGCCUGAUCCAGCCUCAGAGCUUGACCAGCCAGAAGGACUUGCCGUCAUCCUGCCCCUCUGACCAUGAAGAGACCUCAGCAUUGUUGGCUGAAGCGAACAAGACCUUGAAUGCAAGGCCCACCCAAUCCGAGAAGCUGACCCUGGCAGAGAAGCUCGAGAUCAUCCAUUGCUACGAGACCAAGAUCGUCUCACAGACUUGCUUGGCAAAGCGCUACGGCAAGAGCAGAUCAGCGAUAUCAAAACUGUUGCAACCGAACAAUGUGCGAAAGCUUAAAGAGCUCGCUGGGGCUGGGGUCACAACCAAGAUCAAACGAUGCUCUUCGGCUCAUCAUCCUGAGCUGGAGCGCAAGGCGCAUGAGUUUUUCAAAACUGUUGGGAGAAGCGACACCGUCGGGAAGUUAAUGCUUCGCAUGUUUGCUGAGAAGACAGCAUUCAGCCUCGGAAUAUCAGGUUUCGAAGCCAAUUCAGGGUGGUGUUUCCGGUUCCUCAAGCGGCACGGCUUUGUCUCCUCCGCGGAAGUUUCGGAUGAGAGCAGGUCGGAACCUCUGAUCCAACAAGCGACAGAGUCUCAUGCCACAACUCCCGACAUGGGAGGCAAGUUCAGUGCGUUCAAAGCGGUAGGACAUGCACCCCAUCCAAAGCUUAUCGUCCUCAGCACGGGGAAGUCAGAGCUACCUGUGCUGCCGGGCCUCUCAGCAAUCCUGCCGCAAGUUGUCAAUGUGCAACCAAGACCGUCGUAA